AUAUAGAUCACCGGACUCUCGAGCACCUCGAAGCGGACUGUGUUACGAGCGCCUGCGAUUGAGAGCGGGUAUCGCAAUGAAGGACGGGCUCAAAAUAUGACCAUCAUCGCAGACGUCAAAAAGAACAACAAGCUCGACGGAAAAAGCUUUGAUCGUCGCAUUCCUUCGCAAAGCACGCGUCUUUCACCAUGCCUCCCACCGGCACAGCCUGUCCUGGUCGCACAAUUCCAGGUUCCCGCCUACCGACCUCCUAGCCUCCCCCUCAUCCCCUCUUUGGUUCGAAUCUCCUUGUCCCACGUUUCUUACCCACUCCCCCCAAAUCGGCCUCCGACCGCCCCAGCCACUCCAUUUUACCCCACUAGUAAGCACAGUAGAUCCCUCUGACGUGGUGAAGCAAACACUACUUCCGUCCCAUCUGUUUCGUGCCACAGUAGUGGUGUUCGCUCAUCGUAUGCACACUAUCCUGCAACGCAUAUCUACUCGUUGACCAACGCUGAAGGUCCCGACAAUCCUACUUCAGUGCCGGGUGCUGUUUGCCGCCAGACAUCGUUUGCCCACACACAUUAUAUUGGUACGCUCUUUUGCUGCUGUCACAGGACAUGUUUGUCUCUAAAAUACGCAAAGAUUUCCCCCCGAAUGUUCACUCACACCAUAAAUAUCCUUCCUCCCCAACACUGAAAAUUUGCCCCCACUCCUUCCUCUCUCCUCCUGUCCCCGUGACGUACAUUGAUCGGUAGAUUUUGCCACGUGUCGUCGAUGCAUGCAUAGACCCGACCGCGAAGCAAACCAAAAAGGUUUGAUUGAAACUAUGCCGCCGUCUGAGCAACCGGAGUAUUUCCACACUUCCUUCGUUGCUUUACGCAAACAAGGACUUGCACAUCGAUUCGUUUCCCAAUCCCCCCCCGAAAACAUUCUUCAGUUGCUUGGCCUGCCGAAAAUUGCAUGUAAAACUGCUGUAUCCUCUACACGACAAGCUAGUUGGUCUGGCGUGUGGCUGAUGGAAGCCCAGCCUGUUUAAUGUUUAUGCUUACAACACACACAUACACCCACCCGUUGCUGCCAAAAAAAGCUAAUCUGUCCACCGAGUUGGUACCUAGAUAGAACAGAACGAAUCACACGACCCCACCACAGUCCCGCGUUAAACGGGGGGGGAGGGGCGUGGCGGCAAUGAUAGAAUGGUGCUCUCACUCUUGACAAGAAAUAAGACUUAGAACGUGCUUUCGUCGUUCAGCCGGUUAACGAGGUAUUAGCAACUAUGUAAAAGACUACGCACAGGUACGGACGAAAAACCAUCGUAAAAAAAAGAGAACAACGUCAUACCCUUCCCCGUCGACACGCUCAAAGGCGGUGUCAUCCAUAGCGUAUAAAAUACUCGACACUAGUCAACAAGUUUUCCUUUUGCACCAUUUCAGUUUUGACGCCUGAAGUUCGAACAAGCCGCAGCCAAAGCAUAGCAACGAGGGCCUGGUGGGCUCAUAGGAAUCGACCGUUGGUAAACCGUAGCGUGAGGGCAAACCUCUACUUGAAUCCAAACAAAACCGGCCACGAACUACGUCAUUCACCAUCAUGCGUUUGAGGUGCACCUAUGCUACAUCAUAAGCUCCGCCCACUGCCUGUGCACGAGAUAUAAUCCACAAACGAAUAAAAUGUUUACAUUCGACAGGUUACCCACGUGGGGUACAAAAGUGGGUCCGCGAAGCAAGGCCUACACGUGCCUCGCUCCCUACCCUCUGUCGCUCCAUGAAUCAAAAUAAUCAGGGUUCGAAAAGCAUGUCAAUGUAAUACAGCAGCUGUCCGGAGUCUCGAUGGCUUUCGCGUAGAUUGCUUGCAACAGGCGGCAAGGCGAGGAUAUGAAGACAUCCCUAGAGUCAAAAGCACUUAUUGAUCAGUCCCAAUCUUAACAAAAUGGUACGUGCCCAAGAUGGCCUCCUCCCUUCCCCAAACAAGGUAAUACUCCCCGAUUCUCAUCCGCGUGCGUGCACGAUGUUGCGUAUGCGCAAAAGGAGCAAAGACUCCUCUUGCCUGUUGCGUGUGCUUGUGCCCUUUGUCUAUUGUACUCUCUGACAGCCUGUUGAGACUUACUUUCCCAAGCAAGGGUGGAGGAAGCAACAUGCGUAGUGCACCAGACCUGACAUAUCAUACGUACAUAAAACCUCACAUAAAUCGUGUUUUGGGGGUAAUCCUCGAUCUCACUUCUCACAUGCAUAGGCGUGGGCUGGUUCGAAGCUGCACCAAGGUUCCACUGCCCUCAUCGUGCUGGUCGAAUAGAUAAGCCUUGUUCGCUGUGGCACGUUCAUUGAUGAAACAUUCGAUACAAACGGCAUCAUGCUCAUGCUUGCCGUGUUUGCUGUCGUUUGUGACUGGUGCUCUGCACCCUGUUGUUACCCUCGUGCUCGCUGCGAGCGUGAGCGGUGUUUGUCUCGUUGCUUACAUCGUGUUGUCUUCAGUUCAGCGUUUGGGUGCCCUCAUACCUCUGUGGGGUCCGGCAUGUCGUCGUGGGACCGCCGCCCGGCGUUCCUGGCCCUGGCCCUCCCGAACUUGAGUUGAU